CAGGGCAUGGAAAAGAAGACGACGAACGAUCAUCCUUGCUGAGACAUUUGCAGAGCUUCGUGAAAGCCCGAAAGUCGGUCAGAUUUCCAUUUCCGCCGGGCAAUUUCAACCUCUCUGUUCGCCGCCGUGAACCUCAUCCUCGGAAUCCAUGUCGAAUCUCUAUAGAGGGGUAUCCAGGAAGGAUAAGCCGAGAUCCCGUCAUCAUGGUGGGUUAACCCAGCAGAAGAAGCAAGAAAUUAAGGAAGCAUUUGAUCUAUUUGACACUGAUGGCUCAGGGACUAUUGAUGCUAAGGAGCUGAAUGUUGCCAUGAGGGCGCUCGGCUUUGAAAUGACAGAAGAGCAAAUCAAUCAAAUGAUUGCAGAUGUGGACAAGGAUGGCAGUGGCUCAAUCGACUUUGAUGAAUUCGUGCACAUGAUGACGGCCAAAAUUGGAGAAAGGGAUACUAAAGAAGAACUCAUGAAAGCAUUCCGCAUCCUUGACAAUGAUAAGAAUGGGAAGAUAUCAGUCGAUGACAUUAAGCGAAUAGCAAAAGAGCUUGGCGAGAGCUUCUCCGACAGAGAGAUCAAAGAGAUGGUUGAUGUAGCUGAUCAAGACCGGGAUGGAGAAGUGAACAUUGAGGAAUUCCUGAGGAUGAUGAGAAGAACAUCGUACCACUACUGAUGCUUCCAACAAUGAAUUUAUGGUUUUGAUUUUAAUCAUUUUUCCUGCUGCACAAUAUACCUAUGUUUGUACGAACCGGAUAUAGCAUCAAGAUAUCUUAUGUAAGAAAUCUACGGGCUCAACGCUAACUAUAUUCUUCAGGCCGUCGACUCUACUGCAUAAUGUAUUUCUGAGUCUUAUGCAUCAUUCUGAUCAGAAACCUAUGGAUGUUAUGAGAACUUUAUAAACUCGUCGCCAGCAUUUUGUGAACGCUUGGAUGGUUUUAAUUCCUAUGGCCUCAACUUCUGAACUCUCCGAACUCGCUGGCAUUUUGUGGAGAGAGCUUUGGUCAAUUUGUAUUUGAAAAGCGGGUUUCUUGCUCAUGCACGCUCACUGAUCGACGAAAUUCCUCAACCAGACUUGGUCUCUCUGAACGCUCUGUUUGCUGGCUAUUCUCUCCACGGGCUCGUUCAGGAAGCUUUGGAUGUUUUCUAGUGCGUGUUCGUUCUGGGUUUAAAGCCUGACUCGAGCAGUUUGGCCACAGUCCCUGUCUGCAGUAGGUCUCACCGUUUGGACGUUGGAAGGGUCUGAUCUCCAUGACUAUGCUGUUAAGUCGGGUUUCUUCACCAUAGAUGUUUCGGUCCCGGCGGGCAUAGCCUUCAUCUGUCUGCUGCUAGUAUGCUGUUCUAUAAUUUUUACUCAAGAUAGAAUGUUCCAGAUUCGAAAGCAUCGAAUCCUGCAUUUCCCCAUUUAGUAGGAGGCAAUGUAGCGACGUACCGUCAUGGAAUGCUAUUAUUUACAAGUUACAACCAGAUCACGUCAAGCUUCCAGAGCUUGAUAUCAGCAACUUCUCAGCUUUAAUUAACAGCUCGAACAAUCUCGUCUCGAUUCAAUCAUGGCCUACGUUCGGAUCUCAUCAAGAAGGGUUUCCGGCAGAGAUACAAUCCAUCAACAACGCCCUCAUAGAUUCCUAAUUGUAAUGCUCCCCUGGUGAUUGAUUGGUAUGCAGAGGCUGGUUCAGAAUGGGUGGUCUGUCUGGGUUCGGGUUGGAUUCACCUUGUGAAGCUAUAAUGUUGUCGUUGGUGGGAUUCUUGAUUCCUGGGCGGAAGACAGGAGAAGGGUCUGGUGGUGAAUCUGGAAUCUGGGAUCUGGAAUCUAGCCAGUGGUGUCAGGUGAGGAAUCUAGCUGUUGGUAGUUGGCAGUUGGAAGUUGAACAGUAAAGAUAAGAUGUUUUU